GGCUAAAGUGAUCCCUGGGGACGAACUCUUUCCGCGUUCCAUGCGUUGCCAGCUGCAAGCACGACCGAAAGCAACGGAAUAUUGCAUUCAACAUAGCCACGGUAAAAACAGCCGUAUACUAAAUUCAUCAAAGCUCUUUACCAUUAGCCCAAAGGAGCUUGAAUAUAACGAUAUAAAGAAUCCUCCAGAUAGUAAUCAUGGUCGUCGACAAGGAAGAAGUGAUAUUUUUGCUGACGAUAGUUAUAACAGUUACAGCAGCUCUCGUAACCGCCGCUAUGAUAACCUUGUUCAUCAUCAUCAAGCGAUUGGAGAAAAAAAUAAAGUUUAUGAACAUCCAGGAAUCGUGCUCAUCGAAAGGCAUAGAGAUAGGCAGUGUGGAGACGGACAAAUACUUUAGGAGCGAGUCAAAGAAUAACAGCAACCUUGCCGAGACGCAUUUAUAUGAAAAUGAGCCUGAUGAUGGAGGGAUUGACGAGACACACCGAGCUUGGGAGGGCGAAAGAGACAACGAAACGAAGACGAGAGAAGGGAGUGAAGGAAACAUGGAGAAGGGAGGCACAGCAGUUGAUUUACAUUACAUGGUGGCAAGAACUCAUCAAAGCAUCCAAUACCAAAAUGUAUUAAAGGUACCAAAACCUGCACAGAUAUUCGAGGAAAGAAAAGAAAACGUCACAGCAUCUUCUGGAAAGAAAAAUGCAAUCAAACGUUUGCAUAAGACAUCGAUGACAGAACACCACACUUAUCAGAACAGUGCCCAGUCCCCUGAGGCGAGCUUUUAUCAAGGGAAUGGAGAGACCGGCUACCAAGUGAUGCGAACAGGAGUGAUGAGUGAGAGGGUUUACGGAAAUGUCGGGUUUGGCCAGGAGAACACCAAUGAGAACCAUGUUUAUCAAAAUAUCGGUUGUUACAUGGUACCAAGGGGUGCACAAUGAGCACGUGUCACGUACCGAGCGACAGUGCAUAAACUUUGGUUCUCAUAAGACGCAAGUGCCGGAACAACAAUUUUGACAUUUUUCUUCAUGUUUCACGCGCCGACUAGACAAUAAUAAUUAUAAACUAUCUCUAAUUUGUGCUUGUUAGGUGAGAACCAUAAAAAUAGAUAAACAAUAUAAGUUUUUUUUUUUAUUGCAGCUCUCAGGGUCAACAAUAAUGUGAAGUCUAGGCUAACAACAUAAAAUCAAAAUCUGCACUUUUGCACUUACGUGAUAUUUUUUUAGCAACGGUAUAAAAUGAUAGAAAAAAUGCAUCAUUUGCCUUCUUCGGCCCUUUUUCUAAAUUUGUGGUUAGCGGUAUUUGUACCUUGAUAUAAGAACUGGUCAUUUACGAAAAAUAAUCUGCUAGUACGCCACGCUUUUAUGUGAGUUUUCUUAAUUUACCCUAUAUCCAGAGUUGUCGUUUUUUCGGAUAUAACCAUUUCAUGGUCUUGUUCAUUUGAACUUUUUCGAAAUCAGAAACAGUUUUAUUCUGUUUAAUCAUGGUCGACGAAAUGAACAAUUACUUGCCGUCUCUUGACCUGAAUACAGUCUUUUCUGUAAUAUGGUUAAUUUGAUGACGUGUGGUCACCGCUUGAUAUCUAUAUUAAGCAUAACGGACAUAUCGACCCUUGAAGGAUUUGUUAUAAAACCAUUAACUCAAAGUACAGUGGACAUAUUAUACUAUUAUCAACUUUUAUUCAAAAAGACCAUAAUGUAUACAUACUGUUUAUAUAUAAAUUUUAUUCUUUGCUUUUCCAAAAAAGCACCCACUACAUCUACUCUCUGAUGCUCUCCGUAAGUUUACCACGCUCUCUGAUGCUAUGCGUAAAUUUACCAUUCUCUCCGAUGCUCUCCGUAAAUUUACAACGCUCUCUUAUGUUCUUCGUAAAUCGACCAUUCUCUGUGAUGCUUCUCGUAAAUUUACCAUUCUCUCUGAUGCUCUUCGUAAAUUUACCACGCUAUCUGAUGCUUCUCAAAAACUUACCAUGCUCUCUGAUUCCCUCCUAAAUUUACCACACUCCCUGAUUCGUUUCGUAAAUUUACCACGCUCUCUGUGCUUCUCGUAAAUUUACCAUGUGCUGAUAAAAAAAUGUUGUAGACAGGGGUGAUCACUCUAUCUUUUAGGGUAUAAAAUCCUACCGGCUAUUUAACACAUUGUACACAUUUACCGUCUGGUGACGAGGCGAUGGCUAUUUAACACAUUGUACACAUUUGCUUCUCAAAAAUUUACCAUGCUCUCUGAUUCCCUCGUAAAUUUACCACACUCCCUGAUUCGUCUCGUAAAUUUACCACGCUCUCUGUGCUUCUCGUAAAUUUACCAUGUGCUGAUAAAAAAAACGUUGAUGACAGGGGUGAUCACUCUAUCUUUUAGGGUAUGAAAUCCUACCAACCGCUAUCCCUUAUGGGGUAUUCAAAAAUUAUUCCACCUCUUUUAUCCCAAAGGAGUCCCCACACUAGUGGAUCAUGAUGUCCUAAUAGAACAACUGGGCAUGAAAGUUGUCAGAAAAGAGAUGUACAGUAUCAAAGAAAAUCAGGAAGAAC